UAAAAUUCAAAUCCCACAAUCAGUUCUUUGCAUUGUAUUUCUCUAUACAAAAAUGUACAGCUAUCAAUUUUCUAGUACAAGGAAGUAUUUUACUCCAUAUACUAGCAGGAAGAAAAAAAUAAAGAAGAAGAUUAUAAUAGGAGCAUCGAUUUGAGCAGUUGCUAACUGAAGCGACUCAGAGAGGUCACGAGGAGGAGGAGGCUGGCACACAGCCUCCAUGCUCUCUCCGCUAUAUAUACAUCCCCAGCCGCAUUCUUUGCACCAACCAAACCCAAGCCAAGCAUCAGCAAGACAGCAACCACCCACCAGGAUCACCAGGAUCAGUGGCACAUCACCAAGCCGCAGGCUGCUCGAUUCGAAUCGAUUCGAUCAGCAGCAAUGGAGGAGCAGGGCAGGGCGAGCAACAAGAUCAGGGACAUCGUGCGGCUGCAGCAGCUGCUCAAGAAGUGGAAGAGGCUGGCGGUGGCGCCCGGUGGAGGGGGCAAGGGCAGAAGCGGCGGAGGCGGCGGCGUGCCCAAGGGGUCCUUCGCGGUGUACGUGGGCGAGGAGAUGCGGCGGUUCGUGAUCCCCACCGAGUACCUGGGCCACUGGGCGUUCGAGGAGCUGCUCCGGGAGGCGGAGGAGGAGUUCGGGUUCCGGCACCAGGGCGCGCUCCGGAUCCCCUGCGACGUCGACUCCUUCGAGGGCAUCCUCAGGCUCGUCGCCGCCGGGAAGAAGGACGCCGCCGCCGCCGCCAUGUGCGACUGCUCCUGCUCCUCCGAGACGGAGAUCUUGUGCAGAUGAAGCCGGGGCUCUGAAGAAUUCAGUCCAGAGAUCUUCUUUUUUUCCCUCUCUCUCCUGUCUUGCGUUCUCCCUUUCUUUCUUCUUGGUUUUUUGUGAAGAAAGGAGAAGAGGUUACGACUAGUGGGAUCUAUAAAUUUGUACACUGGGAAGAGACCAAGGAUUGUUCUAAUGCAAAAAUUAGGCAUUUGAUCAUA